AUGCCGGCUUACCACUCGUCGUUCAAUGAAGACCCAGAUAUCCGUCAGGUCGGUAACAUGGCGGUCUUGCCAAUCAAAACCAAGGUUCGUGGGCCUGCACAAAUAGCCGACCUAGAGCAACCAGAUAUUGUUGAUGAAACCCUCGACCUAUUCCGCGCCAACUCUCUUUUCCGUAACUUUGAGAUCAAAGGCCCCGCGGACCGCACCCUGAUUGUUCUCAUUCUUUAUGUCUCUGACUGUCUGGCCAAAAUCGGGAGUGCACGGACACCACCGACACAGAUUGAGGCCUCGAAGCAGCUUAAUACCCUUUCAGUGGAUAAUUUUCCGAUCCCUGGAGAUGCCAACUUUGCUUUGAAUGCUCAUUAUGCUGCGCCAGCGAGUAGGGUGGAUGCAGAUUAUCUACGACAGUAUCUGACACAAGUCCGCCAAGAAUUGGCAGCUCGUCUGGUCGCAAUACUAUACGCAGACGGCACGGGCAAGCCAAGCAAGUGGUGGAUGUCCUUCCAGAAGAGGCGUUUCAUGAACAGAAGUUUAGGUGCAUAG